CAUAGGUCACAGUGAAAGAUAAAAAGUGGUAAGGGUCAAUUCUUUGACUUGUUUCAACUCAGUUCGCUUUCAUCGAGCUACGCGAUUACACAUCAUAAUGCUCACAGAUACUAGUUUUAUGUCCGAAUUAGCGCGAGGAAUAGGAAGAACGUUGUUUGUAGUUUUAUUUUUUUUAAGCACCGAAAAUGUCGCGCAAAGUUUAUUUAAAUCUGGAAAGGAAUACGUGUACUUUUACAACGUUGUGUCAAGCACUGGCGUGUUGGUGCCCUCCAGUGCAGCGUCUUCGUGGACCCUUGACGGAAAACUCGUGAUUCAGGCGGAGGACAAUUAUGUCACACUGCAGUUGCAAUCGUUGAAAACGAGUUUGCGAAACGGAGAUGUAAACGAAAUCGUGAAACCCAUCGAUGUCUACGAUGACGGCCUAGAACUUUUGAAACCCUUUCGAUUAUCGUACAACAAAGGACUCGUCGAGAACUUCAGUAUCGAAGCCGAGCCUAAGUGGGUGACAAACAUAAAACGGAGCAUUGCUGGUAUUUUGCAAUUAGAUCUAAUCAAUUUAGAAAAGGAAGUCGCUUUUCAGUCCACCGAGAUAAAUCAUUACGGCAAGUGCGAUAUUGAUUACGUCGUGAAUUCCGAAGGGGAGGAUCGGCGUUUGAUAAGAAAGUCGCUAGAUCCUCGUUUGUGUACCGGGCAUCUGUGUCGCAAUUGGUCAAAUGUUCCGCAAGUUCAAUGUUCUGACGAGUAUCAAAAUCCCAUUCUGAAAAGUAGCGAGAGAGUGUAUAGAUUGAAAACCGAUGGAUCCAUCCACGAUAUUAUUUCGGUUAACGCAUCCGGAGGUAUCUACGUACAACCCUUUCAAGGCAUGGGAGAGGCGCAUUACCACUUUGUUCAACAAACUAUUGACUUGUCUUCCGUCAAGGAUAUAACGAGCAAAAUACUCGUAAACAAUUUGCGAAACACAGUUCUUCAUCACGAGCUGCCAGACGCGGAUCUCACCCAAGGUAGAAGCCCUCCGGACAAAACCUUUGUCUUUAAAUCCAUAAGUGGUUUGUUGGAUCGUUUGAGUCACAGGCUCGAAAAUCCCGGAUUGGACACCGAGAUUCAUAACUUGCACAAUACAACGAUAUCCGUGCUUCUCUAUUAUAUGGGGAUGUUGGAUCGCGUUGAUCUCGAAAAAACUUACAACAAAAUCUCGGGCACUAGUUACAAAGAGGAAACGAUCCGGAAUAUGUUCUUCGAAGCGCUGCCGCAGGUUGGGAGUAAGGAAUCCGCGCUUUUUAUACUGGAACUUAUUCAGAGUAAAAGAGUGUCCGACAUGACCGCGAUUCAGCUCCUUACGCGGCUACCGUUUCACAUAAGAGAACCGAACGCGCAACUGCUCGUGGAUCUUUAUCCGCUCCUCACUCUGUCGAGCAAGAUCUCCAGGGAAGUGCAAAACACAGCGAUUCUCGCGUACGGAACAUUGAUAUACAAAACCUGUUUGGCGUAUUGCCCGUACGAGAUGCUGGACGAUUACGUACGUUUGUAUCUGGACAAAUUCACAGAGAGCACUCAGUACGAACAGAAGAUGAUCUGGCUGGGAGGUUUGACGAACAUACAAUUGGGCCGGGUUGUUGAAUUCCUGGAGCCCAUAGCCAGCAGCAGUAACGAUGCGGAGUCGCGACAUUUCCGAGUACUCGCGGCCUGGGCUUCUAUUCCCACAGCACCGUUGAGACCCGACGUUAUCUAUCCCGUGUAUUGGCCGAUCUUGGUCAAUCAAACCGAGCAUCUGGAAAUGAGAGUAGCCGCGUUGACUCUGCUCGUGCUUUCCAGUCCAACCCCCAAGCGACUGAUAUCUCUGUACUGGUACAUGAAAAGCGAGCCCAGUCAGCACUUGUACAAUUACUUUUACACCAUGUUGAAGUCCGUGGAACGCACUACGUACCCUUGUUACAGAAGCAUAGGCAGAAUUGCGGCGCAAUUUAGUCGCUUGCUUCGAAAACCGCGAAACAGCGAACGCAUCGUCACCGGUAACUAUCUGAUCGAUUAUCAGGACUCCGUGAGAAAAUUCGGCGCGAUGCUGCACGGCAUCAUCGUGGCUAAUCCCUCGACAAAUAUUCCCGAAGUAAUUUACAUAACUUUGAACAAUUACGGCAACGGGAUGCACACUAAUCACGUGUCUUUGUACAUCAAAGCGGAGGGUAUCUUUCACUCGUUGGCGACGAUUUCCAUCGAAAAUCCGACGAAUAUAAAAGACAUCUUGAAGGAAUUCAAGGUGGACGAACGAAGAAAGAACCCUGUGCAUUUGGAGGUGAUCGCGCGUAUUCAGGAAAAGACAGUGCUGUGCGUUCAUUGGAACGAGACAACUAUAAUCGAGGGAUUAAAAUAUUUGUCUUCCUUGUCCGACAACUUGUACCACAUAUAUUACAACAUGGAAUUUCACAUUAAUCAGCAACGUAUAAACGUACCGUUGACGAUAGAAUCGUUGCAAGCGACGGAUCUCGGUACCAACGUGAGGCUCGCGACGACGGGAAUAUCUUUGUUCUCAAUGAGAGGAAAUUUCACCCGCAAUUUUCCCGGACGUAAUAAUCACGUUAUUUUACGCACGUCUAGUCACGGCAUCGAGAGGAUAGAGAAUUAUAAUCCGUUGGUUGAUUUGUGGCACAGCGCCGAGAGGGUUCAGUCUCUACACGUUUAUCUUCCUAUCAACAUCACACUUGGACUCGAGGAACGGCCGUACAUUUCAUACGAUACUCUCGGAGAAUACAUCAAGACAGGAAUUACGGCCCAUACCAGAACGCUCACGAGUAUCAGAGGCGCCGAUGUGAAAUCGAAAUUGGAGCGAGUCUGUCGUUCGUGCUCCGCAUCGCACAUAGUUACAAAGUCGCCCUUAUCUCAUCCCCAAACCGUGAAUAUUCUUGACGCUCAACUUGCCGAAAUAGGCGGCCGUCUACGGGUGAAGAUAUUCGAUUGUGAGAACACGUUGUCGCACGGAACAUUGAUCAACGACAUCUGGUCUUCUCAUCGUAGCAAUUAUCAAACAUGGCCGAGUGUAAGAUUUGCUUUAGCUGGGCUGCAUUUUUGGGAUUACUUCAACUAUUUGCCGCCAAAAGGCAGUUGCGGAGUAGCCGCUUACAUUGAAGCACUCAAAUCAACAUCUUCGCAGACGAAAUUGGCGUAUUCAAAAAACGAGAACCUCCACAUUUUGUCCUUGACGCAUUACGAUCUAGAAUCCUCCCAGAGUCUCUGUCAGUGGAACAUGGCUGCGUUGCACGAAGGCACUGACUGGUUGUCGGACGUCAUUAAAAUCAAAGCGAGCAAGAGCGUGCCCGGCGAAAGCGUUUUCAAGUUUUGCGUAGAGAUCGACAGACACUCGCCGUGGCAGUGGGAGUUCUUGAGUAACGAGCCGAGCGACGAGUCCCAGGUCAAGUUGAAUAUCAUCUGGGGACCGUCCGAUACCGUGAGAGGCAAAUGCGCCGGAUCCUCCGUGUCGAUGGAUUUGUUAGGCGAAAUCAGCAGUGAACAGCUCGAGGAGAGCAAGACGGCAAAUUGGCCUUACGGCGAAUGCAGAAAGGAAUCAGCCGGGAAGAAGUUCGUUCCUUACACGAACUCCUGUUACGAAGCGUCGAGGGAACUGUCGACUUUGCGCAGAUACAAAAUUCUCGCGCGGUACGAAAAUUUGCCGGACACUUUGUCCAAGCUGGUCUGGAAAUUGUACGCUUCGUACGAUUUGAUCGGCGGAAACAGCAGCACCGCGAGGAAGUCCGACGAAGUCGAGGUAACCGCAGUUUUUCCGAAAGACUCGGAACGGUGCGAAUUGCAACUUAACGGGGACAAAGUUGCCGUUGAAUUUGACUCGCGUUACGUUGACGCCUUUCUCACGCGAACGAGAAUUCACAAAUAUACAGAAAUAGAUUUAUUCCGAGUGUUUUCCAGCACGUGUGUCAUAACGCCGGAUACUAUAAAAUCGGCUUACAACACGUUCUAUGCUUUCGCUGAGAACAAGGAAGUAAUAUUGCUCGGGCAAUGUUACGAUGAGAAGCCGAGACUCGCGUUAACGGCGGGCAACAGUUUGCACGGCAUUAAUCUCAACUUAACCGACGAGUCGGGAACCAUACAAAUUACAGCCGGCAAGGAUAAUAAAGGAACUCUGUACAACGCUACGUCGCACGUACACUUGCAAUCGGAUCAUGUGUUCCAUACGCUAGGAACCAAGAAGAUCAAAACGAGCACAGGAGCAAUCGACAUCUUUCUACCGAAUAUUUUUCUGUACAUGCACUGGACGAAGGAGCAAGUUUUACUUUUCUUUCCUAAUCACGUGUUGGAGUUCAGCUGCGGAAUAUGCACGCUCGAUCGUCCCAACGUUGACGGAUUGUACGAGAAACUUUAAUUAAUUCAUUCUGCGUAUGUAUAUAUGACAAAUCAAUAGGAGAUCGAUACGCAUCUUUGUUUCUCUCUCUCUCUCUCUCUCUCUUGAAAUUAAAACAGCAGCAGAUAUUGAUGAGAACGAAUUCCGCCUUGUUGUGAUGACUCGCCUUUUUUGUGACAAUACAUUUAUGUAAGAAGUUAUAGCAAACGGAAUUAUAAUAUAUAUAUGUAUAUGAAAAGGAACACAGAAUAAAGACUCGUAAUUGUCUACAC